AUCACAUUCACGCUCUUUCUCCAUCUCUUCUGGUAAUCCGAAAUCUCUCUCUGUAAAUCCUGAGAAACCGUCAUGGCCACCGCUGGGAAGCUGCAGACGCUCCUCCUCAUCCUCAUUUCCGUCGUCAUCUCCACAGCCACUGCAUUGGCCGCCACCUCACCGCUUGACUUGUCUCCGUCGCUUUCAUCUUCAUCACCGCAGUCUUCUCGUCCCGGAGAAGAGGUUUACACGCCUCCUCUAGUUGCCACAAUUCUCUUCACACUAGGCUUCCAGGAGCUGUCUACAGCGGCCGUCAAGGCGAAUAUCUCUGCUACAACGCCGAUCACCAUAUUUGCUCCGGCAGAUUCAUCGCUGGCCACCUGUCCUACAUGCUCUCUCCCGCUACUCCUACAAGAGCACUCUGUUCCAGGACUCUAUCCGCUUCACUUUCUCCGCAAGCUCGCCUCCGACACUAAAAUUCAAACUCUAGCUGAAAAUCGCUGCCUCACCAUCACGACGACCAUCGGCGGAGUGCCUCGGGAUCAGGAUCCGGGGAAGGUUUUCGUCAACGGCGCCGAAAUCGUUCAGCCGGACAUCUUCCACAACGCCGUUAUGGUGAUUCACGGUGUCGAAGGCUUCCUCACUCACCUCUCGACGAAGUCGUGUAACAUGGAGGAGAUGACGACUAUGUCCUUCCCUCCGCAGUCGCUGGUGUCGGCUUCCGGAUCUGGAGCGAUGAUGAUCUCAAUUAUGCGCCUUAUGCAAAACGACGCCAUUAUCCGGCUGGAGAGCAUCGGUUACAGAAUCGUUGCUCUGGCGAUGAAAGUGAAGUACGCCGAGAUUUCGAGGCUCAAGACGAUGACGGUGUUCGCUCUCGACGACGCCAAUCUCCUCACCGGUAACGGAUUACUCUAUCUAUCUAAUUUUCAUUUCCAUGUUGUUCCAAAUCGGAGAAUCCUUGCAUCUGAGCUGGUGACUCUGCCUACCGGGACUGUUCUGCCUACCAUGGAUAAUGAGCAGAAGCUUGUGGUGACCAACCCCGGCGGCGGAGGGGCGCUUGUGCCGUUGAGGAUAAAUUACGUUAGAGUGGUGACCCUAGAUCUGCUCCAUAACAGCAGGAUCGUCGUCCAUCAAGUGUCCGCGCCGUUUCCUCAUAUGGUUGACCAGUCUCAGUUCAGCGUUUCCCAGAUUCAGCAGACAGGCUGCGAUGUUAAUUCCACUGAAGGCAUAUGUAACAUUGGCUAUCAAGCUGCUCCGGUAGGUGCUCCUUCGUUUCCGGUGCAACCAGAAGGCCAUUACGGUCUCUGAAAUAUGUCAACGAUGGUUAGACUACUUCUGAGUCUCUGCUGGAUCAUCUAUAACUUCUGUAAUGUCUUGAAUCGGAAAUCUUUCUAUACGUUGCAAUUUUGAGUUGAAAAAUCCCUGUUAUAAGAAGUUACUAAUUGAAUAAUAAACUUCCAUACAAUCUGAUUCUC